UUGAGCUCCUUCUCUCUUGUAUUGUCUAGGUUAGUUCUUUUGCAAUAUUCUCUUUUGAACUUGGCAACUGAGGCACAUUUUGAUGCGAAAGAUGAGUGGGGAAGAAGGGUAGUCAGCCUAACCUUGAUCUGUUAUUUUUGAAACUAAAAAUGUGACUGUGGCACUUUUUUGCGUGCUCUGUUAUUGUCAGAUUUUUAUUUCUGGUCAGAGUGGAAGCUUUACAUUGGACUGCGGGUGAACUUGAAUGUCUUCCUGUUCUUCACUCACCGAGGGAACCCUCAAACUAAACUCUUCACUGUUAACCCACUUAGACGCCCCGAUCUCCCCUGAGGGGGCUUCUCUAAAUCAUUCGUCCUACUCUAGUUUUUUUUGAGAGAAGCAAAAACCAAAGCAGCAAAGGGGGUACUGGGAAGGAAGAUACCCCCCUCCCAAAGGUGAGAGGGGGGGAAAAUGGCAGCUCUUGCCAGCUCUCUCAUUAGACAGAAACGGGCGGUCAAGGACGAUCAAGCCAACCGACCAGUAGCCAACAAGCGCAAGCCCUGUCCUAAGAGCAACAAGUCCUUGUGCCAGAAACAGAUCCUGGUCCUGAUCUCCAAAGUACGACUAUGCGGGGGUCGAAAAGGUCGAAACGAGAAAAGACCGGAGCCACAGCUCAAGGGCAUUGUUACCCGGCUAUACAGCCAGCAUGGAUACUACCUGCAGAUGCAGCCUGACGGCACCAUGGACAGCACGAGGGAUGAAAGCAGUUCAUUUUCACAGUUCAACUUAAUUCCGGUGGGACUGCGGAUUGUAGCCAUCCAGGGGGCGAAGACAGGGCUGUACCUUGCCAUGAACAGUGAAGGAUACCUCUAUACCUCGGAGCACUUCACUCCUGAGUGUAAGUUCAAAGAGAGUGUGUUUGAGAACUACUACGUUACAUACUCCUCCAUGCUCUAUCGCCAGACCCAGUCUGGUCGCUGCUGGUACAUUGGUAUCAACCGUGAUGGCCAGAUCAUGAAGGGCAACCGGGUAAAGAAGACCAAAGGCGCUGCACACUUCCUGCCUAAAGUUAUAGAGGUUGCAAUGUAUAAGGAGCCAUCGCUACAUGAGCUCGCCAGUGAACCAGUGAGUCCUCCUCGAAAGACAGUGAAGACGUCAGAUUCGCCGUCCCUAAAGAAUGGACGGAAAGAAGCUCCGAAGGCUGAUGCCUCAUAGCACUGGAGACUGAGGGUGGGACAAAGGGCAGCAGUGACACUAUGAACACAGCCGUCCAUUAUGCACUGCGGGUGGCUGUGGGAAUGGCCCUCACUGGCCACUGCAUUCAAGAAGUGCACUACAAGAUGCUGAAAGAUAGAAAGGCCGGCAGUCCAUCAGCAGCCAAGAAGGCCUAAGAGAGGUGUCUCCCCCUCACCUGUCACCACGGAAAGAAAGCCCAGAGCCUGAGCCAGAAUGACUACCAACUCCCCCUCCCACUGUUAGUCUCUUUCUAUGCCCCCCUGUGAUGUCCUAAUGCACAUCCUCCUUCAGUUUUUUUCAAGCCCAAGCUUCUUUGUCCCACUAACAAUUUCAUCUUUUCUCACUUGCCUACCGACCGCCUUCUCUAUUGUACUAUAUAUCCACCACUCAUGCAUUUCCAGCACUGACUCUGCAUCAUAAUCCUCACCCACGGGUCCCCUCUUGAGCCCUAAAGUUGGUGACAGUGUGGCUCUGCCAGCUUUCCACCCACCAUCUGCCGACCAGCUAAGCUAAUCACCAAGGUCAACUAAAGCUCAAAGUGAGAUGAAACAGCUCAGAGACGAAAGAUACCCGCAGGAAUCCUGGGUCAGGUCAGGUCAGGUCAGCUGAGCAGGAGUGUAUGAGAACAGGUGUGGGCAAAUAACAGUUGCAUUUAACGAGUUUAUAACAUCAAAACUUAAAACAAUUCUUCCUCUUUGGAAUAUUUCAUCCAAUCCUGUAAUAAAAAUUGGAAUUGUUGACAUAGAUGGACACUGAUGUAUAAGCUGCCUGUAAAAGAUGAUUAGGAUGAUGAUGAUAAUGAGGUCAAAAUAAUAACAAAGUGGAAAUUCCAGAAAUUCACAACUCCAGAACACAAUCAUAGUAGAACGUUUACAAAGCUCAGAGAGCCACUGCUUGAAUAAGUGUCAUAUAAAAAUGUAAAAUAAAUAAAACUAAAAACUAUUCUUCCUGGGAGAAGGAGCCAUAAAAUAGAGUGAGUAUAUACGAGAUAUAGGAAAUAUAGGAGAUUUUACACCAGACUUGGUGAAAAGAGUCAAAACACCUGAGCAAUAUUUGUAUGUCAACAAGCCAGAAGAUAAUUCUCAGUGAAGAACAAAAAAAGUGUGUGAAUGAGUGAGAGAGCGAGCAUCACUCCGUUGCCAGCCGUCCCAUCUCUACCAGGUGACCACUUAUUACAUUGCACUAGCCCAUUAAACGGCUACAAGUGAACAACUGGGUCGCGAUUUAAAAUCCAGGGUGGAUCUGAACUCAGUCACCUGAACAGGGAGCAAUAGUGUGUACUUCACUCAGCAUCUGCUGUCAGCAUAAAGCCAGGUUUGAAGGCAAACAUCAAAGGCAGAGGAGCCUCUGAGCUGCAGCACUUGUUAUUCUGAGGAUGUCUGGCAGCUUAUCCACUUGCUAGCUUUAUCAAAUCACCUUGGAAAAAUCACCCUAAAAAAUGUAGUCAUUUGAAUGAAUGUAUUGAUGUGAUUGCGUUUUAACCCCUGUGUGGGUGUGUUCAUUAUGGAGGCACUGUAGGUUCUGUGUGUGAAUGAGUGCCUGUGUUGAGGAUACAUAGAGAUACUGUGGGUAACCUCUAUCACAACCUUCAGACAGGAUAUGACAUUGUGGGUUUGAUACGUCUGCAUCUGUGAAUAAGGGAUACUUGGGGGAACCCACAGGAGGUAUUUCAUUAAUUUAAUAUAGUGUUUAUGUGCACAGGGUCUCUCAAUCAGAUAAAAUUUUAGAAAAAUUGUGCAAUGACCUUAUAGAAGUUGAGGCUUCUAAAAGGGAGCUGUUGUUGUCAUGUCAUUGCUGGCUGCUGUAGGGUGCUGU